CAAAAAUAACACCUCCUCUUGUUCAGCACCCAAAGUCGAAGGAUAGCUCUGGCCUUUCAAUGGAAGAAAGUGCUAGAUUUGUCAGUGUUGUAUAAUAUAACCAAUUCUCAGUGUCCAUGUUUGUUUGGGAACGAUCGGAAUUGUCUACAUUUACUGUGAGGGACACAAUUGGCGUCAAACAUGCGUAAAAACCAACGCUAUCCAAGCAGGGAACCACCGAGAAAGGAAUUAUCGCCGCUCAUCUGAGGCCAAUCUCCAUUAUUUUUGUCAAAUAAGGAAACAUAACACAGCUAGCAAGCUAACGUUAGCUCCGCAGAUAGCUAGACGAGUCUUCACACAAAAAGCUGAGAUUUUAGCAGAUAAUCAGGAUUGGAUCUACAAUCGCACAGCAGCAGGAAAACCUAUAGGCAGCAAUGGGUGCAUUCCUGGACAAGCCGAAGACGGAGAAACACAGUGCCCACGGUGAGGGCAAUGGGCUGCGUUACGGCCUGAGCUCCAUGCAAGGCUGGAGGGUGGAAAUGGAGGACGCCCACACAGCUGUGGUGGGCCUUCCCCAUGGACUCACCGACUGGUCUUUCUUUGCUGUCUACGAUGGCCACGCUGGCUCCCGGGUGGCCAACUACUGUUCUGGUCACCUGCUGGAGCACAUCUUGUCAGGAGGGGCUGAAUUUGCUUCAGGACCCAGCUCCGUGGAAGGCGUGAAAGACGGCAUCCGCUCUGGCUUCCUGAACAUUGACGAGUAUAUGCGCAGCUUCUCUGACCUGCGGCAGGGCCUGGACCGCAGCGGAUCAACAGCAGUAUGCGUGUUGCUCAGCCCGACCCACCUCUACUUCAUUAACUGCGGUGACUCACGGGCUGUGCUUAGUCGAGACAGCAAGGUGGGCUUCUCCACCCAAGACCACAAGCCCUGCAACCCACGUGAAAAAGAGCGCAUCCAGAAUGCUGGCGGCUCAGUCAUGAUCCAGAGGGUAAACGGUUCCCUGGCUGUGUCCCGGGCUCUGGGGGACUACGACUACAAAUGUGUGGAUGGUAAGGGCCCCACGGAGCAGCUGGUGAGCCCCGAGCCAGAGGUAUGUGUGUUGGAGCGGGUAGCCGAAGGAGACGAGUUUAUAGUCCUGGCGUGCGAUGGGAUCUGGGAUGUCAUGUCCAACGAGGAGCUGUGUGAGUUUGUCCACUCACGACUUCUGGUGUGUGACGACCUUGAAAAGGUCUGUAACUCAGUGGUGGACACCUGCUUGCAUAAGGGGAGCAGGGACAAUAUGAGUGUGGUGCUGGUGUGUUUCUCCGCGGCUCCCAAGAUCUCAGAGGAGGCUGUGAAGAAGGAAGAGGAAUUGGAUAAAUACUUGGAAACCCGUGUUGAGGAGCUUAUGGGAAACUGUGGAGAGGCUGGAGUCCCUGACCUGGUAUCUGUCCUAAGGAGCAUUGCCUCAGAGAACAUCCCCAACCUUCCCCCUGGUGGAGGCCUGGCCAGCAAGCGGAGUGUGAUCGAGGCGGUGUACAAUAGGCUGAACCCUCACAGAGAAGAAGAAGGGGCCUGUGCGGGGGGAGAGGAGGAGGAGGAGAGUGAGGAGGGAGGUGGCAGCACGGCAGCUCAUCUGCUGGAGGCUCUUCGGCAGUUCCGCAUGCACCACCGGGAGUACCGCUCGGUGUUGGAGGAGUCCCUGGCUACCUACCAUCUGCGGGGGGAGAGCGCUAUUGAGAGAGCAGGGGAGAGAAGGAGGACGACCGACGACUGUGACAACCAGGACGAACCCGCCUCCCCUCCCUCUCCCCCUUCGCCCCCGCCCUCACCCGCCAUUGCAGAGCUGGAGGCCAGCCAAGACGAGCCCAUCCCAAAGUCUGAUCCCUCUUCUGACUGACCACCUGCCUGUAUACCCACCCACCCUCUCAUCCAUCCUAUCCCAGAGCUCUAGUGAGAUGUGCUAUGACCUCUCCUCCUCUGUCCUUCAUCGCAGAACUUGAAUGGCCACAUCGGCCACGUCCAGCUUUGUAUUUGAAUAAUUCAUUAGGAACAACAAAAGGGCUUUUCUGUCCAUUCAAGUUCUGUAUCUGAGACAUACAUAUAUAUAUAUAUAUAUAUAUACACACCUUAGAUGUGGACUCUUUGAUUUUUCUUCCUUUUUGUUUCUUCUGACCACUUUGGCUUGGAUUCCCAAACUUGAACUUGAUCACAGAAGCAGAUUGUUUCCCAUGAAAAUUAGUUAAUAAAAAUAUAACAAGCAAAAGUGGCUAGUGAAGCCAAAGUGAACAUUGCACUCUAUGGCCGACAUUUAUCAGUAUUUGCUUCUGGCUGACCCCACCCUCAACCCCACCCUUAAGCCUCAUCCCCACACUCAAGCCUCACCCCCCCACACCUUCAUACAGUGGAGGAACUGACAAAGAAAACACGAGGAGACAUUCUGAACUGCAGCUGUGCAACGUUUUGCACUGUCUCCAGGCCUACUCCAUCUACAGACUCAGAACACACUCUUCUUGUGUUUUUGUAUGUGUGUUUAUGUGUGCGUGUCUGCAUGAGUUUGACUGACCGAGCAAAAGCCCAGUAAUCACUACUGAAAUGUGUGUUUCUGAUUGCUUGCAUUACUUGACAGUUACACAGUCCAUCAGCUGCUCAGCGAUGGUAGGUUGUUCAAACCAGUCUGGGUGCAAAUUAAAUCUUUGCAGCUUCCACAUGAUUACAUAAAAAAAUAAUAAAUUGCUUGAUACUGUUAUUGGUGGGGUAGAGUGCGGUGGGGGUGUAAAUGUUCAGACUCAGGCUCUUUGAAUACUAGAAAGCAAAGCUAUAUAGUGGAUAAAAUUUUGAUGCCAGAGCGACAAUUAUAGUUCUCCCUAAAAGUCUUUAGUCAUGCACUGAGGUUUUUUUGUUUUUGUUUGUUUUGUUUUGUUUUCACAGCAACAUGCGCAUAGCUACAUUAUCUUAAAAUGCUAAGCACUACAUUGUACAAUGGUGACCUACAUUUGUACUAACAGCUGUUUGAUUGGAUGGCGUGUUCACAGCUUAGCACUAGUAUUUCAAACUGGAAACAUGGGCCUUACUAACAGAACGUUAGCAUUAAUUAAUUAGUAUAACCUGUGGACCCAUAGACUGUAUAUAAAAGAUGGACGUAGUUCCAGGUCUGGAAAGUAAAGUAUGUAGAAGUGCCAUAAACCUGGAUUCCUUCUAAUUCCCAGCAGGGGAGAGCAUUCCAAAAAAAUUUCCUGUUCUAUACAUUUGAAAAUGCACUCCUGCUUAUUGCUAUAUGACUCCGUGGAGGCUUUAUGGUCUCAGUUUGUAGUUUCAAAUUAUAUGUAAAACAAAAUUAUGCUCAUUUUGUAAGUUUUGGUCCCAAUUAGGGUAAAAAAUGUGGAUAAACCAGCCUAUGCUUUACGGUGGGUCUAGCUUCUCGCUGCUGUAAUCCAGUUUGAAUACAAAAAAAGUAAAAAUUCUCACUAACCAACGGGCGAGAUAAUGGUGGCUCCCACUAUCUUUUGUUUACAGUCUAUGUUGCAAACCUAUUGUUGGCAGUUUUACCAAAGCUGCUAUUCUGACAAAGUGCAUCGAUCAGUGAAAGGCAAACUGUAAAAACUGGUAACUGCUGAUAAGAUUAGGACGUGGGGGACAUUGGGACUCCUCUGCUUUGAUUACAUCAGUUCUGUCAGUCUAAAGGUAGCACUCCAUGUGGGAUGGCGACCACAAGUAUUCCUGCCUUCUCGAUCUUACCUUACAAAAGUGAUACGUAUACAUAUUGGUGGGACGGCUGAUGUUGUACUGUUAACCUUAAAUGACACGUGUGGUGAAUUACAUUCGCACUACAUUUGAUAUGUUUCAUGUGCGAUGGCUCUCUGUCUGUAAUCAGUUCAAGGUAUUAUUAAUAAUCAAGGUUUCCAAGAGUCCUUUGUAGCUUUUGUUUAAAAACCCCCACAUUGCAGCAUAUAUUCCUCACAGGUUGUGCCAUUGCCUGUACAGAACGACUCAAUCUUAAACACUUACCUCGAUGUAAAAGAUUUAUUGAAACUGACUGCUUGACCUGCAGAGUUUAUUCUUAUUCAGGUAGAUGGAGGUUAUUGUGAGUCUGUACAAGCCCUGUAUUCUGGUAAUGCAUGCGCUGCACUUACCUUUUCAAUAUCUAAAGCACUUAACUAUCAGAGGGGGGGUAAUGCUAAACGGUGUACGUGCGUGUGUGUGCUCGCACCUGUAUGUAUGAGCUGUAUUUCUAUGAUUUCUAUGUGGUUGUGUGGAACAGGUUAGUUCUGCAAAUGAACAAAUAAAAAGGAUUUGAGGUAUAAUGCAAUGAUUUGUGUCAAGUGUGUCUCACUGUAAACUAACUGUAUGUAUUUAUGUCUUGGGGUUUUUUUUUCUUUCUAUUUUUCGUUUAGGACCUGUACCAAAUCAGUCAUCUUGCAGAUCAGGGGUUGUCAUAAGGAGUUCAAAGUUCACAUUUUUCCAUUCAGAAGUGAUUGUUUGUCAUGAUUUAGCAUUCCAAUCCCAAUGCAACAUGGUGACAUUUGAUACAGGACUGUUCCCUGACACUUUUAGUAGACCUUUGCUCCGUUUAUUGUGUUGUGUAUGUGUAGGCUGUGAAGUAUUCGGAAACUGCUGAA